GGAGGAGGGCUCUUCCGGUUCCUGGUGCAGAAGCGCUUACUGUGAGUUUGGCGCGAGAACCUGGGAGCUGAGAGCACGUCUAUUUUCCUUGACUUCUUAUUGAGUGCUGCAAAGAUCCUCGGACACCUUCAAGCAUCACAAUGGUAACAUGAUGGCAUUUGAGCUGGGAAAGGGUUGGAAUUGUGUGGAUUUUGGAAGGAGGAGACAGUGACCUUUGAGGAUAUAGCUGUGAACUUCACCGCAGAAGAGUGGCAUUUGCUGACUCCAUUCCAAAAGAAGCUCUACAUAGGUGUGAUGUGGGAAACAUAUAUGAAUAUUAUGAUGACAGGAAGAAUAUGGCAUAAUCAGAAAAUUAAAGAAGAGGACAAAACUUUUUCAAGAAAUCUAAGAUAUGAUGAAGAAAAUUACUUGACAAUUGGAGAACAGCAAUAUAAAUAUAAUGAAGAUAUAGGAACCUGCAAUGAUUUCCAGUCAUUUCAGAAGCAUGAAAUAAAGAAGACUGGAGAGAGACCCUGUCAGUAUGGGCCAUGUGGCGAGGACAUCUCUGACCUUAGUGAACAAACUCACCCUGGGAAGAAAUCCUUUCUAUGUAAGAAAAGUUUGAAAGUCUCUGCAGCACCUGACAGUGUUCAAAUCCGUGACAGAAGUCACAUUUCGGGGAGCUCAUAUGUACAAAACCACUGUGAAAAUAGUUUUAUUUCUUCAUACCAUAUUGAAAAAGAUGUUAGAAAAUAUGGUAGAGAGAAACACUAUAUAACUGAGAAGUGUACAAAAGCACUAUCUCACAGUAAUUGCUUUAAAAACCAUAAAGAAUUUCAUGCUGGAAAGAAAACAUAUGAAUGCAGUCAAUGUGGGAAAGCAUUCAGUACACGUGGUAGCUGUAAAAGACAUGAAAUAAUUCACACUGGGGAGAAACCCUGUGUAUGCAAAACAUGUGGAAAAAGAUUCAGCACAGCCUCAGAAUGUAACAUACAUGAUAGGAUUCACACUGGGGAGAAACCCUAUGUAUGCAACAAAUGUGGAAAAAGAUUCAGGACAGCCUCAGAUUGUAAGAUACACUAUAGAAUUCACACAGGGGAGAAACCCUAUGCAUGCAACAAAUGUGGAAAAAGAUUCAGGAGAGCCUCAGAUUGGAAGAUACACUAUAGAAUUCACACAGGGGAGAAACCCUAUGCAUGCAACAAAUGUGGAAAAAGAUUCAGUAGAUCCUCAAAUUGUAACACACACGUUAAAAUUCACACUGGGGAGAAACUCUAUGUAUACAACAAAUGUGGAAAAACAUUCAGGACAGCCUCAGAUUGUAACACACAUGUUAAAAUUCACACUGGGGAGAAACCCUAUGCAUGCAAAAAAUGUGGAAAAAGAUUCAGGAGAGCCUCAAAUUGUAACAUACACUAUAGAAUUCACACUGGGGAGAAACCCUAUGUAUGCAACAAAUGUGGAAAAAGAUUUAGGAGAACCUCAGAUUGUAAGAUACAUUAUAGAAUUCACACAGGGGAGAAACCCUAUGCAUGCAACAAAUGUGGAAAAAGAUUCAGUAGAGCCUCAAAUUGUAAGACACAUAUUAAGAUUCACACUAGGGAGAAACUCUAUGUAUGCAACAAAUGUGGAAAAAGAUUCAAGACAGCCUCAGGUUAUAACACACAUGUUAAAAUUCACACUGGGGAGAAACUCUAGGCAUGCAAAAAAUAUGGAAAAAGAUUCAGGAAAGCCUCAUUUUAACACAUGUUAAAAUUCACACUGGGGAGAAACCCUACUUAUGCAAAUAAUGUGGAAAAUCUUAAAAUAGCAGUGGUAAUCUUAUUAUACAUGAAAGAUUUCACAGAGGGGAGAAACCUUUUGUGUGUAACAAAUGUGGGAAAGCAUUCAAUAGUGCCUCAGGAUGUAAAGUACAUGAUAGAAUUCACACUGGGGAGAAACCUUUUGUUUGUAAGCAAUGUGGGAAAUCUUUCAGUCACAAGGGUAACCUUAUUGUACAUGAAAGAAUUCACACUUGGUAGAACCUCUAAUGAUACAAUGUGACAAAGCAAUCAAUAUGGAAAAGUGCUGACAAUAAACCCUAUCUACGUAAGCAAUUUGGGAUGUUUUCCAGCUGUAGUAGUAGCUUUUGUGUGAAUAGAGGAAUUCAUUCUGCAGAAAGACCCUACUUAUAUGAGAAACAAUUAAAUGGAUUUGUUGAUAAAUUCUCACUUUAUAAACAUAAAAGUUCCCACAUUGGGAAGAAAACCUAUGUACAUAAGGAAAUGUAGGACAAAUUUGCAGAGACAAAUUGUCACUACAUGAAAGGAUUCCCUCUGUGUAGUAAUUCUUUGCUUUAAACAAUGGUGGAUUCCAGUCAGUGCACAAAAAUGCCAUUGAAUAGGGGAAUAAUGUACAGAAGGAAGAAACCCUAAGUAUGUAGGCAGUGUGGAAAAGAUUUGCUGCAACGUUUCCCUUUUGCAAACAAAAUUUCCCUCUGGGGUGUAACUGCAUGUGAGAAAUGUUUGGUAAAUGGUCAACAGACAGAGCUGCUAACCUGAGUGAUGUCAUAUUGGUUCUCAAGCCUAUGUUUGCAUUGUGGGAAAGCAUUCAAUAUUCACAUUUAUUGUCAAAUGUGCAAAAAUAAUGAUAGUUAUGUGAAAUUAUAUAUAAGUGACUUGAAAAUUACUCAUGUAGAGGAGACAUGGAAAAUAAUAUAAAAUUAUUGCUUUCAAUAUGUGUUCAUAGAUUUUUUAAAAAACACUCAAACACAAAGGUGUCCUAAAAUGUUUUCGUUUCUUUUUUGUAAAUCAUAUAUAAGUGAUGUAUUUUUCAGUAGUCUUAAUAAAAAUUAGUUUUUAAAGAAAA